AGGGUGAGGAACAGUGACGUUCAGGCCACGCCCCCUUCAGUGUUCCGCAGCAGCUGCAGCAGUUUGAUGAGGAUGAAGAUGAGGAUAAAGGUGAGGAUGAUGGCGUUGCGAGUGGCUCUGCUACUUUGGGCUCUCUCUGCACUCAGUAAUGCCAUCCUCCCUGAAAUAGUGGACUCGGGCUUCGAUCCCAUUACGGAAGACAGAUACUCCUAUGGAGAACUGGAUCAGGACCGCAUGUUGGUGCAAGUGGAGCAACUUCCGGAGGAUGUGCAGCACAAUCCCGAGGAGGAGGCUGAUCUUCAUCAAAGAAAUGGCACUGACAUUUUUGCACCUCAUGGUCUUCAUCCCACUGAAUCUGCUCCUGAAAAAGCAAAUGAAACCGUGCACGCCUCAGUAAUGCAGGAUGAAAACAACAUUAAAACUACAAGUGACCCAUCCAGUGACGUGGAAAACAAUAUUGGCCGUGCAUGUCGUACUGAUGAGGACUGUGAGAAAGAAAAAUAUUGUCUCUCUGAGAUGCACAACUCCAGGUGUUCACCCUGCAAAACGACCGAUGUGCCCUGUACUAAGGACGAGGAGUGCUGUGGUGACCAGUUGUGCGUUUGGGGUCAGUGUGACCAAAAUGCAACCAGAGGAGAAGCUGGCAGCGUUUGUCAACACCAGGCUGACUGCAGUCCGCAGCUUUGCUGCGCCUUCCAUAAAACACUGCGUUUCCCCGUGUGCUCGGCGAAGCCCAUUGAGCAUGAGCGCUGCUUUGCUGCUCCUAACCACUUGAUGGAGCUGUUGUCCUGGAACAUCCAGGAUGAAGGACCCAAGAAGCAUUGUCCCUGUGCUGGGGGUCUUAUCUGCCAGCAUUUGGGACGAGGCUCCAUGUGCCUGAAGGGAGACGACUCCAGUGAAGAGGACCUGGCAGAUUCUCUAUACUCAGAUAUAGACUACAUCAUCUAGAAAAAGCUUGAUCUGAAGCCCGCUGCCUUCAACAGACACUCAUUGCACAGUGAUUACAUCAACAG